AUGUGUUGGUCCAUCUGCAGCACCAGUCUGUGUUGGUCCAUCUGCAGCACCAAUGGGCGUAACGUGACGUUUGUCCGUAGCAAGGGUUCCCCAGAGAGUGGUUACUCAUCUCCACUGCUGUGUGAGGCCUGCAUCCAGCAACGUCAUGAGUUACGUGACCCGCUGACCAGUGACCCGCUGACCCGUGACCCGCUGACCCGUGACCCGCUGACCAGUGACCCGCUGACCAGUGACCCGCUGACCAGUGACCCGCUGACCAGUGACCCGCUGACCAGUGACCCGCUGACCAGUGACCCUUUUUACAGUUGUCCGGUGGUUCGUUGUCGGCCUCGGGGUCUAUUCCGCUCGCCCUCCAUGCCCAGCCAGGCGAACCGCACACCUCUGAAGCGUCCCCAGGACGAGAACCCGCCGGUCAGAGUGAAGAGACGACGCAGCCUGGCAGAAACUCGUGGCACCACCAUGGACCAGGAUGACAGCUCUCCCAGCAAUAUGGUGUGUUCUGAGCGCCACAUACAGCGCUCCAAAUCAUUCUGUAACCACACAGAGAUUGAGAAGCUGCUGGACAAGGAGCUGAUUGGAGAUUUCACCAAAUCCUUCGCCCUGUCUACCGUGGAGGGAAAACACCAGGACCUCAAAUACAUCACUCCUGAGAUGAUGGUGUCCGCUCUGAGCGGCCAGCUGCAUCAUGUUGUCGAGAGGAUCGUGGUGAUUGACUGUCGCUACCCGUAUGAGUUUGAGGGGGGCCACAUCAAAGGAGCCCUGAACCUCUACCAGGAGGAGCAGGUAGAGGAGUACCUCCUAGGCACCCCCAUCGCCCCCCUCUCCCCUGACCACAGGGUCCUCCUCGUCUUCCACUGUGAGUUUUCCUCAGAGCGAGGGCCCGGGAUGUGUCGUUUCGUACGUAGGAGGGACAGGGCGAUGAACGAGUACCCUAACCUGCACUACCCAGAACUCUACGUCCUCAAGGGAGGCUACCAAGAGUUCUUCCAUCACUUCCGGAUGCGGUGUGAGCCCCAGGGGUACCGGCCCAUGCACCACCAGGACUUUAAAGAGGACCUGAGGAAGUUCAGACUGAAGAGCAGUACCUGGGCCGGGGAGCGCAGCAAGAGAGACCAGUACAGCAGACUGAAGAAGUUGUAACCCUACUGCCCCCCCUGUAACCCU